CCCAAGAUGAAUGUUCUGACUGUAAGUGGAACUUCUCAAUAAAGUUUUGAGGGGAAAAAAUCCGAUGCUGUUUCCUGUUUGGGAUGAACAGAGCGUCCCUGAACGCCUCCUCUCCCUCUCUGAGCCAAUGGGAUUGAAGCUGCUGGGAACAGACGUUUCUACGACACAUGAGGCUACUGCAGCGACUCACUGGAGCUGACCAAGUUAGAAAUAAUGGCUAUUCGUAUAUUAGAAAUAAUAUUUUUCUUAUAUUUUGCCUCUCAUAUUCCUAUCACAUUAUGUAUUGACUUACAAGCCCUGUUGCCUGGAUACCUGUUUCCUCAGCCGCUGAGAGAUCUAAUGAAGUGGUAUGCAGCAGAGUUCAGAGACCCCAUGGUGCUGGACCCUCCACAGUGGUUCAGAGCUUUUAUUCUCCUGGAGGCUGUGUUUCAGACGCCUUUCUUCCCCGUUGCAGCGUAUGCUUUCCUCAAAGGUGGCUGUACGUGGAUCAGGACUCCUGCCAUUGUCUAUUCCACACAUGUGGCCACCACCCUGGUCCCAAUUCUAGCUCACAUCCUUUUCUAUCAGUUCCCUAUGAAACCCCACCCUGGUCCCCAGACCAUGCAGGAGCGCUGGCGCUUGGUGUUCAUAUACUUACCGUACUUGUUGGUGCCUGUACUGUUGCUCCUCACCAUGCUGCUGUCCUCCACAUACAACCCCACCUCCAAGUCUGGACUCAAGCCAUCCAAAUCCAAGAAGAAGAACUGACUCAUAACCAGACUGCAGCUAUCUAAUUUCCCUCCUAUUUUAGGAGGUAUUUUAAAUCUGUGUGAUUCUGUAAUGGUAACAUCCAAUCACAACACGAAUCAGUUUAAAUGAAACAUAUGGCUUCUGAAUCAUCUACACAGUAUCGCAUUUGCAUGUGAUAUAGAGAAUGAAUAUAGAGAUGUGAAAGAGAAGCUGUGUGAAUCAGACUACACUGUAAAAAAGAAACUGUUGUUUUUACGGUAAAAAACCGGCAGCUGUGGUUGCCAGAACUUUACCGUAAUAAAUAUGGUUCAACUUUUUGUUAUAUUACAGUAAAAUUAUAUUAGCACUGGUGAUUUAACGCUAACGGUUGCCAAUUAUAUUCCAUAUUUUACCAUAAAAAAUAAAGUUU